AGUGGAGAUCUCAUGAUUUACGUUUUGCCGCCAAAUUAUUACGCUUUGUAGAACUCUGUUGAAUUGAGAACGAGAAGAACGAGAAAUUUAAUCUUGCAUAGACUUGUCAGCUUGUAUCCAUUUGAUUACGCUUAUACUGGGAGAUAACACGUGUUUGCAAGAUGACAUCGGUUGAAAUAAGAGAUUGGACACCUGAAUACUAUAUCUCAAAUGAGUCGAACUGUCAGAAGAUUUUAGAAAAUCAGAAUGUACUGACAAAAAUACCUUUAUUAAACAAUACUCAAUUGCAUGACAUCAAAGACAAAGAGUUGGUGAGAUUCCGAGGGAUGAUUCAGGAUAUGUACAAUCCUGAGUAUUAUUUGAAGCAAUACGAAGUGAAGAACACAAACAAUGGGGAAUGUGACAUUAGAUGUGGAAUGUUCAUGGAUGCAGCUCAAUGUUUGCCGCACGAAGAAGUUUUGUUAUAUUCCAAGAAUAAUCAAACCUCGGAAAGACAAACUUAUGUUGUGAUCUCUAUACCUGGAUUAAAUGACUGGGCAAAGGAAGAGAGCAUGGACACACAGACACCUCGUACAACGAUACACAAUGACAGUACCAAUAAAAGGAAUCUAGAUGAUAACGACUUAGAAGAAAUGGACUGCCCGGAACCUGUUACGAAAAAAGAAAAAAUCUCUGCAGAUAAUAAUGAUGUAAAUAUGACCGAUGUUGAAGGCAGUGCAAAAGUUCAAAGUGUGUUAUCAAAAGAUCAUAUAUUGAACUUUCCGAUUCCAAUUGAUGGUGGAAAAACUUGUAUAGCAAAGAUUUAUAUGGAGACCGUCUUAAAAUUGAACCAAGUUAUAGAUAUAAUAGGAUUUAUAUCGUUGGAUCCAUUAUUAAGUACAAUCCAAAGUUCCGAUGAUGAGAUGAAUGAAGCUGAAAUACAAACUCAUAAUCCACCAGCUUCUUUAGUACCUCGAUUACACGUAGUAAAAAUAAUUGAGCUUACAAAAUCUAAAAUUGUAAAUGCUCCAGAAAUUUUAUCUAAAGCACAGCUCAUCAGAGGUGAUUUGCACAUAAUAUUGAGUCAGUUGCUAUUUGGAGAUACUGUAGCUGCAGAUUACAUGAUAUGCCACUUGCUUUCUAUGGUGUAUCUGAGAAAAGAAUUAUUUAGUCUCUUUUCAUUUCCGUUGAAUAUAACGAAUUUUCCAGCGAAUGAACAUAAAACUUUUCCGAAGGAGUUUUAUAACUUUUUAAAAUUAUUUGUAAAGAAAAGCCACUUUUUGAAAAUUACUUUGGAGAAUUUGAAUGAACUAGCUUUAAUUCCAAAGAAGGACUACGAAUGUAAUAGACUGACAAGUGGUAUUCUCCAACUAAGCGAUAAUACACACCUUGUAUUAGACGAGACAGGCUUAAACCCUGGUACACUUACUGCAACUGGCAAGGAGAAUUAUAAAGCUCUCUCCGAUUUACUUAUGUUUCAAAAACUAAAAUACGACUUCCAAUUUUAUACAAUAGAAUACGAAACGGACAUUCCGAUUCUAAUCUUUUCUGAUGUAAAAUCGUUUGUUCCUUGUCCUACGCAAAUUGUUUUAAAUGUUGAUGCAGAAACGGAAAAUUUAUAUAGUCAAGUAACUGAAGCUGCACAUCAGUAUUUGAAAGACGAUAAUCGAUUAGUUAAUAUUCGGCAAUACAUAGAAACUUUGAAGCACACAAGGCCCUUCAAUCUUACCGAAGAAAUGACAAAAAUCAUUCAAAAAGAUUUUGUGAAGUUGCUCAGAGAACACAGGAAUCAUAUAACUAAGGACGAUCUAAACGCAAUGGUGAUUUUCGCCAAAAUUAUGGCCUUAUCUUGCGGACAAACAACGUUAGAUAUAGACUGCUGGAAGAACGUUGUGCAGUUAGAAACGGAAAGAAUGAGUAGGCUGCCACAGCGCAGAAGUUAGAAACCAUAUUCCUGUGCCAUCUUAUGCACGCGUGUGUCCUGUUUCGUCGAGAUACGCAUUGUCAAGGACUCUC